AUGAGCUGGCAGAAGACUGUUCUCAGCCCCGGCAAUGGCACUGAUACGCCAGCAGUCGGCGCCAUGGUGAAGAUUGACUACACUGGCUGGCUCCGAGACCCCAGCAACCCCGACCACCAGAAGGGAACCCAAUUCGACUCUUCCAAAGGCCGUGGUCCGUUGGCAACACCCAUCGGUAAAGGCCGGGUCAUCAAGGGCUGGGAUGAGGGAGUUUUGUCCAUGACCCUCGGUGAAGAGGCCAUUCUGACCAUUGACUCGAGCUAUGCCUAUGGCGAUAGGGGAUUCCCAGGUGUUAUCCCAGCCAACUCCGACUUGAUCUUCCAAGUGAAACUUCUCGAAAUCAACGGCAAGCGAGCUUAG